CGGACCCGAUUUAUUUUUCGGCAAGCAAGCAUGCAUGAGCUGAUCCCGAAUUCUUCCAGAUCUGGUCCCGGAGCUGUCUCGGUGCCGUGAACUUGCUCAACAUGGCAGCCCGAACAGCCCUCAGAAGGGCCCUCCGCCCCGUACGGAGGAGCGCCUUUACACAUCCCGAGCUACAAUUACGAUCCACACGACCCUUCUCAACAACACUCCUUUCCAAUAGCCCGACACCGAAUACCUCCCCCGACUAUGCCGUCCCCGAUCCGUCCAGGCCAACCCACUUCGGCUUCGAGACAGUAACAGAAAGCGAGAAGCGGGAGCGCGUGGCGGGUGUCUUUACCAGCGUAGCAGAGUCGUACGACCGCAUGAACGACCUCAUGUCCUUUGGCUGGCACCGAGUGUGGAAAGACCACUUCGUCGCCUCCCUCAACCCCGGCUUCUCCCCCCUCACCACCGGCCCCGACCCGCGCGGGCCGCAGCACAUCCUCGACAUCGCGGGCGGCACGGGGGACAUCGCCUUCCGGAUGCUGCGCACCGCCCACGAGCUCAACGGCAACACCGACGUGCGGGUGACGAUAUCCGACAUCAACCGGGCGAUGCUCACAGUCGGCAAACAACGCGCCGGACAACUCCCCGCCUCCCAACAAGCAGCACUCUCCUUCGUCGAAGCCAACGCCGAGAACCUCACCCAGACACGCCCCCUGCACGCCUACCCGUCCGCAGUCGAGCCGACAACCCACGACGCGCAAGGCAACCAGGAGCAAGCCUUCUUCGACCCGGCCACCGCCACCGGCGGAAUCGCAGCGGAAUCAGUCGACCUCUACACGGUGGCCUUCGGGAUCCGCAACUUCAGCAACAUACCCGCGGCGCUGCGCGAAGCGCACCGAGUCCUAAAACCCGGCGGGGUGUUCGCGUGCCUGGAGUUCAGCAAGGCUUCGCGGUUCCCCGUGUUCAACGCGCUGUACAAGGAGUGGUCGUUCCGGGCGAUCCCGCUGAUCGGGCAGCUGGUGGCGGCGGACCGCGACAGCUACCAGUACCUGGUGGAGAGCAUCGAGCGGUUCCCGAGCCAGGCCGAGUUCCGCGACAUGAUUGUGGAUGCCGGGUUCGUCGUGGCCGGGCAGGGAUACGAGGAUUUGACCGGGGGGGUGGCGGCGAUUCACAAGGGGAUGAAGCCGCGGGCUUGAUUGACGUACAUAUUGUUGCGUCGGUGUGUAAUAGCGGAGGCUUGUGUGUACAUGUACGAUCCUUGUGUGCCAUAACAUAAACUAGAUCCGGGCAUCCCGCUCAGUCGUAUUAGAAGGGGCGUGGAUAUUUAGCGAUGAUUUACAACCACACCUUGAAAUGACGCGGCUUUCGGGGCUACCUUGGCCACU